AUGGUCCCGGAUUUCCUUCCUGAUGGGAGCAGCGGCAGCGAGCACAAGGCCAGUGGAAUACGGAUUUCAAUCGACCGGGGAGGUACAUUUUGCGACGUUGUUGCAGAGAUUCCAGGACAGGAUGAUCUGGUCUUCAAGUUAUUAUCCGUAGAUCCAAACCACUAUGCAGAUCCAGCAACGGAAGCGAUCCGGCAAAUACUAGAGCAUGUUGAAGGCAGGACUAUCCCAAAAGACGAAAAGCUUGACGGAUCGAGCAUUGAGAGCUGCAGGAUCGGAACAACGAUCGCGACCAACGCACUUCUCGAGCACAAGGGCGAAAAGUUCGCUUUCGUGACGACGAAAGGCUUUCCGGAUGUCUGUGUUAUUGGCGAUCAGACCAGGCCGAAGCUGUUCGAUCUCCGAGUCGAAAAGGCAAAAGCUCUGCACGAUGUCUCAAUAGAAAUUGAUGAACGAGUUACGAUCGAGGAUCAUGAUUUGAAUUCUUUCCCCAGAACAGAAGAAGAGCUUCUACAGUCUAAGGAUGUGGUCAAGACGCCCAGUGGCGAGUUUGUCAGAAUCUUGAGACGACCAGACGAGACAAUAGUCAAGGCCCAGCUGAUGGAUCUACGGCGUCGAGGAUAUCAGUCGCUUGCUAUCUGUUUGAUGCAUGCCUGGGCGUAUCCAGAACAUGAAAUGAUGGUUGCCGCGAUUGCGAGGCAAGUUGGCUUUCGGCAUGUCACCACAUCACACGAGACACACCCGGCUAUCAAACUCCUUGAUCGAGCCACGGCAGUCUGCUCAGAAGCGUACUUGUACCCGAUUGUACAGGACUAUAUUUCACAAUUCGAGGCUGGAUUCGAGCGAAUGCCCCAACGAGUUGAAUUCAUGUGCUCCGACGGAGGACUUCGCCAAUCCCGCAAGUUCACCGGUAAUGGGGCCUUGUUGAGCGGGCCUGCGGGAGGAGUCGUUGGCGUAGCUCAGUCUUGCUACGACUCAUCGGAGGGCACGCCGCUCAUUGGGUUUGACAUGGGCGGCACAAGUACUGAUGUAUGUCGUUACGAUGGCAAAUACGACUUUCUCCAAGAGACAAAGAUUGCGGAUCGGAAUAUUAUUGCGCCUAUGCUUAACAUCGCUACUGUCGCAGCUGGAGGCGGAUCAAUUCUAAGUCUCCGCAAUGGAUUACUCGCUGUGGGCCCGGAGAGCGCGGGAGCAUACCCAGGACCAGCUGCGUAUCGAAACGGCGGACCUCUGACAGUGACAGAUGCGAAUCUAUUCCUCGGUAGAUUGGUGGUAUCUUCGUUCCCAGCUAUCUUUGGCAAGGACGCAAACGAAUCCUUGGACGUAGAUGUAGUGAGGAGCAAGUUCAUCGAGUUGACGCAUGAGUUUAAGAACCAGACCGGGCAAGACAUGUCUCCGGAGGAUCUCGCGUUGGGCUUUCUUGACGUUGCCAAUGAAGCCAUGAGCCGACCAAUUAGGAAUACGACUGAGGCCAGAGGUUAUGCCCCCGAAAAGCAUCACCUGGUCUCCUUUGGCGGAGCAGGUGGACAGCACGCUUGCGCUAUUGCUGACAAGCUGUGUAUCACCACUGUGUUGAUUCACAAAUACUCCUCGCUACUCUCCGCCUACGGAAUAUCUCGGGCACAGCUUCAGCACGAAGAGUCCAUUCCAUUUUCCGGAGACUGGUCACCUGAUGUGUUAGCCAGGAUACGAUCACAGACCGAGUUCUUGAGAAAGAGAGUGGAGCAGAUAUUGAUGUCUCAGGGAGCGAGAUCCGAUACCCUGGAGUACAGCGAGGCUGUUAAUCUGCGGUACUUCGGUACUGACACAUCACUUACGAUCUCGCAACCCGCGGAUGAAGACUAUGGACGAGCUUUCGUAGAGGAACAUCGAAGAGAGUUUGCAUUCACAAUGGAGCGAAGAAUCGUCGUUGAUUCCAUCAAAGUCAGAGGUCUGGGCUCAUCUGGCUCAUCCAAUAUUUCCAAGCCGUUUGUCGACGAGCCGAAGGGGACGAUAAGUGCCGGAAAUGUUGCCCCAACCUCUGAACACCAACCAAUGUAUAUGGACAAAAGCACACAAGAUGUGCCUGUAUAUCGGCUCGCAAACGUUCAAAAAGGGUGUCAGAUCCAUGGCCCUGCUUUGGUCAUCGAUGAGACUCAGACCGUCUUCGUCGAGCCCACAUUCACAGCGUGCGUUCUCAAGGACCACCUCGUAGUAAAGAAAUCACAGGCAGUGGCCACGAAACAUCAGACGUCCGGUUCUAAGCUCAAUGCAGUCGCCCUGUCAGUUUUCGCUCACCGGUUCAUGGCUAUAGCCGAACAGAUGGGUAAUACACUGCAACGGACCAGCAUCUCAUCUUCCAUUCGAGAACGCCUGGACUUUUCGUGUGCCAUCUUCUCUCCAGAGGGCAAACUCGUCGCCAACGCGCCCCAUAUUCCGAUUCAUUUAGGGAGUAUGCAAUUCGCGAUCCAAGCGCAGCACCGCCACUGGGAAGGGAGACUGAAGCCUGGAGACGUCCUACUCACCAAUCAUCCCGAGUGGGGUGGAACACAUCUACCUGACUUGACGGUGGUUACGCCUUGCUUUGUCAAGGACGAGAUUGCAUUUUACGUUGCCAGUAGAGGGCAUCAUACAGACAUUGGCGGCAAAGGGAUCACGAGUAUGAUGCCUGAAAGCAAAGAGCUCUGGGAGGAAGGUAUCAGCGUUGAGAGCAUGAAGAUUGCCAGUGGGGGGAUCUUCCUCGAAGACGAAGUAAGAGCGGCGUUUGAUCGAGCUGGACAGUAUCCCGGAUGUGCUCCAACGAGGAGAAUACAGGACAAUCUGAGCGAUUUGAAGGCACAGAUGUCUGCUAACCAGAGAGGCUUGACGUUGAUCGAAAAGCUGUGCUCGGAAGCAGGUCUCCCAAUGGUUCACCAAGCAAUGGAGGGCAUCCAAGCGAAUGCUGAGUUUGCCGUUCGAUCGUUCCUGAGGGGACUCGCGGAGAAACACCCGAACCCGCUAUCUGCCACAGAUCACUACGACGACGGAACACCAAUUCAUCUCACCAUCACUAUCGAGCCCUCGGACGGCUCCGCGACGUUCGAUUUCUCCGGCACAGGCCCUCAAAUCUGGGGCAAUUUCAACUCUCCUAUAUCCAUCACCCACUCCGCCGUGAUCUACGUCUUGAGGUGUCUCCUUAAUCUAGACAUCCCACUCAACGAAGGCUGUCUCGCUCCCAUCACCAUCGAAGUUCCCAAAAAUUCCAUCCUCAACCCCGGCCCGGGAGUCGCCAUCUGUGGCAGCACCAUCGCCAGUCAGAGAGUCGUAGACACCAUCCUCAAAGCUUUCGGCGUCGUAGCUGCCUUUCAAGGCUGUGCGAGCAGUCUCGGCUGGGGAAUUGGCGGCCGUGACCACUUGACCGGACAGAUCGUGCCUGGCUGGAAUUUCGGAGAAGCUAUCGGAGGCGGAUGCGGUGCCGGACCGGGAUGGCAUGGUGAGCAUGCGACGCAAGUCCAUUCUACGAAUACGCGGAUGACGGAUCCGGAGGUUGUGGAGAAGAGGACGCAGGUUCUCGUGAGGAAGUCGGUUGUCAGAGGAGGAUCGGGAGGGAAAGGAAAGUGGUGUGGUGGGAAUGGGGUCACGAGGGAAAUUGAGGCUCGCAUGCCCAUGAAGUUUAGUAUCUUGAGUGAUCGGAGGGUGUUUGCGCCGUAUGGUAUGGUAGGUGGUGAUGAUGGGUUGCCGGGCAAGAAUGUUGCUUUUAGGAGAGACGGGACUGGUGGUUUGGUUGCGGUUAGUCUUGGUGGGAAGGCGGUGGUCACACUGGAUGAGGGCGAAUAUAUUCAGAUCAAUACGCCUGGAGGCGGAGGAUGGGGUAAACCAGAAAAGUAG